AUGUCGAUGGGGCCAGCCGGAGAGGGAUGCGGCCUGUGUGGUGUGGACGGCGGCGGCGGCGGCUGCUGCGGCCACCACGAUGACGGCUUCUCGUUCUUUGCACGCCGGGGCCGGGCCGUCGACCACUACGGCCACGCGGCCCACGCCCCGGCGCCGCUGGUGCAGGAGUUCCAGUUCUUUGGCAACGACGACGACGACGGCGGCGUGGACGUCGACGACAGCGAGAGCGUGGCCUGGCUGUUCGACGACUACCCGCCGCCGCCGCAGGAGCACCACUCGGCGCCGGCCGGGCAUCAUCAUCGUCAGCAGCAGCCGUUCGAGUACGACGCCGUGCCGCCGUCGCUGUUCGGGAGGAACGUCGGCGGCGGGGGCGGCGGGCUCACCUUCGACGUCUCUCUCGGGCAACCCGCCGUGGACGCCGGGCUCGGCCUCGGCAGCGGCGGCGGCCGGCGUGCGGAGGCAGCGGCGAGCGCCACCAUCAUGUCAUACUGCGGGAGCACAUUCACUGAUGCCGCAAGCUCAACGCCCAAAGAGGUGGCCAUCGCUAAUGGUGGAGAGAGCUUGAACCCAAAUAUGGUGGUAGGCGCAACGGUGGAGAGAGAGGCAAAGUUGAUGAGGUACAAGGAGAAGAGGAAGAAGCGGUGCUAUGAAAAACAAAUUCGGUACGCGUCUAGAAAAGCCUAUGCCCAGAUGAGGCCUCGAGUGAGGGGUCGCUUCGCCAAAAUACCUGAAGCUACCACGUCGCCAUUGCCACUGCCAUCUACAUAUGACCCUAGUAGGCUUGAGCUUGUGAGAUGGCUCGGAUAGAUAUAUAACAGUGCGUAUACCACUGACUAUGACUUCUCAACAUAUAUGCAUAAAUAGACCAUCCAUAUAUAUAGGUGCGUGCAUAAACCAUAUAUUUAGGCACGGAAUUGGGUAUGGUGCACUGCUGCAUCUUUACCAGUGAUACAGGAAUUUAGUGAUCGAUGGCCAGCUCAAGAAAACUUGAUUGCAUGCAUAUACAUCUCAGAUGCCUGCCAAUCUGAAUGAGAUGGUCGAUCUGCACGAAGAUAAGAAUG